AUCCGCGGCCCCGAACUCCUCUCCAUCUACCACCACCUCCGUGUCCGAUGUGUAUGAGUGCUUGUUCUUGAUUUUUAUUGUGUUUUCUUAUUUUUCCCUUCUUCAAUUAUGGCGUUCGCCACCAUCAACUCGACCCCGAAGAGUAUUCCGGCCAUUGAAGAUGCAUUUGCCGCCGAACCUUCGCUGAAGAACCGAGUUUACGAUGCGAUCGGGAACCACCCCGCAAUAUAAGCCUCUCUUCGAGGACAUCGCGCGAUACACAUCCAGCCUGCUGGCCAGGAAGACGAAUCCCAUCAUCCAACCCGUACAGGCCGCUACCGACGGCCCUGCCGCGAAGAAACGCAAACUGGAGAAGGGAGAGGCCACGGGCAAUGCUCAAACGACGGGCGAUUUGAAAGCGGAGCUGCCUCUACAGUUCUACAUGCCGGAUGUCUCCUUUGCUAUUCCGCAGCGAAAAAAGCUCACGCUGGAGUUUACCGCCGGGCGCGGGUUCCUUCGCGCGAGAAAUCAGACGUCAAAGGAGAUCGAGUUUGGGAUCUCGUGGGAUAAAAUCCAGCAUGUUUUGUGUCUUCCAGUGCCGGAGAAGAACCAGCGUCAGACCAACUUCUGCAUCAUCCCUCAGUACGGCGACGGCAUCAACCCUCCCCCCAACGGUGACCCUGCGCCCGAGUCGAUCGUAUGGACGGUGGCCGACGGACCGCCCAAGGCGGCCUUUUCAGGGAACGGUCAACCCAUCGCGAAUACCGAGGGCGAGACGGCAGAGCAAUUGGUGCGAAAGACCUUGAACGAGAACCUGUCGCAGACCCAGGUGGUGCGUCCGGACGAGAGGGAGUUUGUGAGCGCUAUGCCCGAGGCGCAUCGCAAGGGCGAGAAGGCAUACCAUGUCAAGGCCUUCCGUGGCAGUAAAGAAGGUUACCUCUUCCUUCUGUCUACGGGCAUACUAUUCGGAUUCAAGAAGCCGCUGCUUUUCUUCGCCUUUGAGAGCAUCGACUCGAUCUCGUACACGUCUGUGCUCCAACGAACCUUCAACCUGAACGUCGUGGCUCGUCCGAUAGCAAGCGACGAGACGCAGGAAUUCGAGUUCUCGAUGAUCGACCAAGCGGACUUCAGUGGCAUCGAUACUUACAUCAAGAAGCACGGCCUCCAAGACGCCAGUCUUGCGGAAGCACGACGGGCGAAGCAGUAUAACAUCAACGGCGCGAAGGCCGGAGGGGAGAAUGCUGCCGUCGCGGAAGGGGAAGCCGAGGAGAGCGAGCUGCAGAAGGCGCAGCGCGAGCUCGAAGACCAGGAAGAUGAGGACGAAGAAGACUACGAUCCCGGCAGCGACUCCGACACCGACGGCAGCGGCUCCAGCAGUGAUGAGGACGACAGUGAAGACGGCGAGGGUCACGCCAACGAAGAUGACGACGAUGAUGAUGACAACGAAGACCGAGACCUGGUCGCCGACGAGCUCGGCAGUCAGGCGGAAGACAUUCCAGACGACCAGCUGUGAAGGGAGGCGAUGUAUUUUUAGAUUGGGAGGUGACAACCCCGGGAAUCCAUGGAACCUUUUGGGGUUGAUGGAUUCUGCGGCACCGUUGGUCCUCUUUAUCUCCAUGUAAUAAUAUACAUACACACUUUAGCAUCGGAAGAAUGAGAUUCCCCACGACAAC